AUGGGUACUGGGGGAGCUCCAGCCUUGCUGGGGGCUACUGCAGCCCCUGACCAACCGUCCCGAGACAGUGGCAUGAAAAAGAGCAGUGAGACCCCAGAGAUCCCAUCCGACACAUGUCACCCUCCGAGCCGGCGGGCGGCGGGGACCCCUGGCUUCUCGGACGGCGAACCCGGGCCGGGGGCCGGCUGGUCCCGGCCCCCGCCCCCGUCCCCGGGCUUGCGGGGCCGGGGGCCGGCUGGGCCCCGGGCUCGCGCGGCGCUCACCACCCGGGGUGCCGCGGGGGGGCGGGGAGAGCGGCCGCCUAGCCCAGCCCCGCGGAUGACAGGAGCCAGGGAGCCGAGGAGGGAGGAGCCGCCGCCGCCGAGCGCUGGGCUCAGGAGCAGAAAGAGCGGGGCGCGGAGUGCGGGCGGCUGGGAGCGCGCUGAGCGGGGGAGAGGCGCUGCCGCACGGCCGGCCACAGGACCACCUCCCCGGAGAAUAGGGCCUCUUUAUGGCAUGUGGCUGGUAACUUUCCUCCUGCUCCUGGACUCUUUACACAAAGCUCGCCCUGAAGAUGUCGGCACCAGCCUCUACUUUGUAAAUGACUCCUUGCAGCAGGUGACCUUUUCCAGCUCCGUGGGGGUGGUGGUGCCCUGCCCGGCUGCGGGCUCCCCCGGCGCGGCCCUUCGAUGGUACCUGGCCACGGGGGACGACAUCUACGACGUGCCACACAUCCGGCACGUUCACGCCAACGGGACGCUGCAGCUCUACCCCUUCUCCCCCUCCGCCUUCAAUAGCUUUAUCCACGACAAUGACUACUUCUGCACCGCGGAGAAUGCGGCCGGCAAGAUCCGGAGCCCCAACAUCCGCGUCAAAGCAGUUUUCAGGGAACCCUACACCGUCCGGGUGGAGGAUCAAAGGUCAAUGCGUGGAAACGUGGCCGUCUUCAAGUGCCUCAUCCCCUCCUCAGUGCAGGAAUAUGUUAGCGUUGUGUCCUGGGAGAAGGACACGGUCUCCAUCAUCCCAGAAAACAGGUUUUUUAUUACUCACCACGGCGGGCUGUACAUCUCUGACGUGCAGAAAGAGGACGCCCUCUCCACCUACCGCUGCAUCACCAAGCACAAAUAUAGCGGGGAGACCCGGCAGAGCAAUGGGGCCCGCCUCUCUGUGACAGGUAGGUGAGGGGGUUGCAGCGGGCACCAGCCCAGCCCUGGGGUGGGCACGUCCGCACCAGGGACCGGGAAGGCUGCUGUGUAUCUAGGCAGUCGGGAGCCUCGGAGAAGGAGCUUAAGGAACACAAACAUAGGACCUCCUGGGGCAGAAGUGGUCCAGCUUGGUGUGGAGGGCCCUUCAUGUAAGAACUUCAGAGUCUGUACCUAAGGAAGCGAGCUCACCUGAAGAACUGAUGUGUUGUCAUUUAUCAGAUAAUGAGGGUUAAUGGAAUCCAUCUUCUGUUUCCUUUUUUGCCUUUGCUGCCGGGAAGCUCCUAAAUAGAACCUGAUAUUCAAACAUAGUUAACGAUUAGGUGCAAUUAGAUCAGAUAGGGAAAGUUUUUUUUCCUUCGUGUCUCUAAAUGUAUUUUAAGAUUCUAUUUGACCUAUUUAUGAGUGCAUGUGUCUCUUUUGUUAUAGCUUAAAAGUAGGCAGAAUAGAAUUCAGAAGCAAAACUAUUUGUAAAUUAAAUAAAGGAU